UAGUUUUGAAACACAGCCCACAGUGCUCCUCAUUUACACUCAUCUGAUCAGCCCACUCGUUAAUGCUGGAGGAACUGCACCUUAUAAAACUCAUUUCUACAGCUUCAUGUCCGGUUGACACGAGCAGAUCAUACUUCAGCCCUCAUAUGUGGAGUUUAUCUGGGAUCCUGGAGUGAUUCGAGCAGAAGUUUGAGCUGUUUGUGGUUUUACAGGAGCUAAUGUUAGCCUGUUAGCUCUUAAUCUGUGUUUAUAAACCUGAUCAAGUCAACAUGAAGAUUACUGUGGAUUUCGAGGAAUGUCUCAAGGAUUCACCCAGAUUCAGGGCGACCAUCGAGGAGGUGGAGGGCGACGUCUGUGAGCUCGAGUCCAAACUAGACAAGCUGGUGAAACUAUGCAUUGGGAUGAUAGACGCUGGGAAGGCGUACAACACGGCCAACAGGCAGUUUGUGAACGGGAUCCGUGAGUUGGCACAGCAGUCUGCCAAAGAUGAUGUCAUCGAGUCCAGUCUGAGCACAUUUGCUGAGAAUCUUCAAGAGAUGAUCAACUAUCACACAAUUUUGUUUGACCAAGCUCAACGAUCAAUCAAAUCACAACUCCAGACAUUCAUUCGAGAGGACCUUCGGAAAUUUAAAGAAGCUAAGAAACAGUUUGACAAAGUGAGCGAGGAGAAAGAAGCAGCCCUGUCCAAAAAUGCCCAGGCUCCUCGAAACAAGCAGCACGAGGUGGAGGAGGCCACCAACAUCCUCAACGCCACGCGCAAGUGCUUCCGCCACAUCGUUCUGGACUACGUGCUGCAGAUUAAUGUGCUGCAGUCCAAGAGACGAUCAGAAAUCCUCAAAUCGAUGCUGUCCUUCAUGUACGCCCACCUGACGUUCUUCCAUCAAGGUUAUGAUCUGUUCAGUGAACUACAACCCCUCAUGAAACAACUGACUGGACAGCUGGAUCAGCUGGUGAUGGACUCCACAAAAGACAGAAAGGAUAUGGAGAUGAAACACUCGACCAUUCAACAGAAGGACUUCUCAAAUGACGACACCAAGCUGGAGUAUAAUGUGGAUGCAGAGAAUGGGAUUGUCAUGGAGGGUUAUCUGUUCAAGAGAGCCAGCAACGCCUUCAAAACCUGGAACAGACGGUGGUUCUCAAUUCAGAACAAUCAGCUAGUCUACCAAAAGAAAUUUAAGGAUAACCCUACGGUUGUGGUGGAGGAUCUGCGGUUAUGCACCGUCAAACACUGCGAGGACAUCGAGCGCAGAUUCUGCUUUGAAGUGGUUUCUCCAACAAAGAGCUGUAUGAUGCAAGCAGACUCUGAAAAACUCAGGCAGGCCUGGAUCAAAGCCGUCCAAAACAGCAUCGCCACAGCCUUCAGAGACAAAGCAGAAGACGCCGAGAAGAUGGACAGAAAGUCGUCCACAUCUACAGGCAGCUUGGACUCGAGUGGCGACGUGAAGGAGAGAACACUGAAGGGCGAGAGCGCGUUGCAGCGGGUCAUGGCCAUCGGCGGGAACGGCAGCUGCUGUGACUGCGGGCAGCCGGAGCCGCGCUGGGCCAGCAUCAACCUGGGCAUCACGCUCUGCAUCCAGUGCUCGGGCAUACACAGGAGUCUUGGCGUUCAUUUCUCGAAGGUCAGGUCUCUGACGCUGGACACUUGGGAGCCUGAACUGCUCAAGCUGAUGUGUGAGCUGGGAAAUGGUGUAAUAAACCGAAUCUACGAGGCUCGACGAGAAGAAUUGAGAGCCAGGAAACCACAACCAGGGGAUCCCAGGCAUGAGGUGGAGGCCUACAUCAAAGCCAAGUACGUGGAGCGCCGGUUUGUCCAGAGACGCUCAGAAGACGAGAUCAGGCAGAAGGUUUUAUCACUGAGUAAACAGGAUAACCGUCUCAGCAGCUGCUCGGAUCCUCAACCUUCGGGAGGAGCGUCAGUGUCAAAACCCCGUCCAGCGUCUGCUUCCUCGGCGAACCACGAGUCUCUCUUCUGUGUAGAUGAGCUCGAUUCUCUCUUCUCCUACUUUAACACCUCCGCCAAGCCCUGCUGUCUGAGAAGCACAGACGGUGACGUGCAGUACCUCGCUGACGGAAGCAGAGAGACGUUGAGUUCGAGCGCUUCCUCCAGCACGCUCAACGACACGGAAGGCCCAGAGCUGCAGAUCUCCGAGCCUCACGAAGAGUGUGCCGGUAAAGAUCUGGUGGUUUUCUGCGAGCCGAAGCAGUUGACGGCGGGCCUGCAGCUGUACUGGGCGUCUUUCUCCCGCAGUCUGCCGGACAUGGCCGAAGCUCUCGCGCACGGGGCAGUGGUCAACUGGACCAAUGUGGACGACGAGAACAAGACGCCGCUUAUAAUGGCCGUUCAUGGGGGGUCUCUGGUCACCUGUGAAUUCCUGCUCCAGAAUUCAGCCAGUGUCAACCAGCAGGACAAUCUGGGCAGAGGACCUUUACAUCACGCCACUAUCCUGGGCCACACAGGGCAAGUGUGUUUAUUUCUAAAACGGGGAGCCAAUCAGAACGCAGCAGAUGUUGAGAAUCAAACGCCGCUUUCAAUCGCAGUCGAGGCAGCAAACGCUGAUAUUGUCACGCUGCUUCGCCUGGCCAAGAUGAACGAGGAGAUGCGCGAAUCUGAGGGUCCGUAUAGUCAGUCAGGUCAAUUUAACUCUAACAGCCCGACUGAAAUGCAAUAUCGGAAGUGUAUGGAGGAGUUCAUUAACUUGCAGCUCAGAGACUCCUAACAUAUGCUGAAAUCACCACAACCUGUCGCAAACGCACAAAAUUAGUGAAUGUCCACAAUUAUGUGAAGCUGUGCUUCAUUAGACCCCAGGAUGGGUUAGUCUAGCCUAGUAUUUUAAUGUGAAGUAAACAAUAAUAGGACGUUACUGCUGGAACAUGUGCAAUAACUAGUCUUGUGAACGAGUGACGUGAAAACAUGCACCUUAUUUACAUUGUGUGUGUGUAUUUGUCUUAAAACUGUCAGUGUGUAAGAGCAGUGUGAUGAAAACUUGGCCCAGUCAAGAUCAUCUGGCACAUUCCUCAUAUUUAUCACUUCAUUAUACUUGAGGAAGUGAAACUGUGUAAAUCAAAUCAGUGUGUUUAUAAAUAUUACAUCUAAUACAGAUGUAGCACGCCUGUACAAUUCAGUAUUAGUUCUGGAUUAGACAACACUGUAUUAGAUAUUUGACUAUAUAUAUUAUAUAUGCAUGUUUUGUUAACAAUAAAAAAAAAAAAUGUAGUGUAUUUUAAAUAUAGCACAAAGUACACUAUAUAUAUGUAUAUAUAAUAUAUAUAUGUGUAUAUAUAUAUAUACACACACACACACAAUUGCCGCUCAAAAGUUUGCAAUCAGUAAGACUUGUAAUGUUUUUUUUAAAAAAGUCUUUUAUGCUCAUCAAGGCUGUGUUUACUUGAUACAGAUACAGAAACACUAGUCAUAUUGCAGAAUGUACAGUAUAAGAAAAAAAUUAUAAAAUAUUUAUAUUUUGUAUUUAUAAAUGCUGUUCUUUUUUAACUUACUCAUCAAAGAAUCCUGAAAAAAAAGAAUCACAGGUUCCAAAAUAUAUUUGUCAGCACAACUGUUUCCAACAUUGAUAAUUCUAAUAAUAAAUCAGCAUAUUAGAACGGUUUCUGAAGGAUCAUGUGACACUUAAGACUGGAGUAACAGCUGAUGGAAAUUCAGCUUUGCAUCACAGGAAUAAAUUAUAUUUUAAAGUAUAUUAAAAUAAAAACCAUUAUUUUAUAUUGUAAUAACAUUUUGCAAUAUUACAGAUUUUUUCUGUAUUUUUUUUUAACAAAUAAAUGCAGCCUUUCUGAUCCCAAACUUUUGAGUGUAUAUGUAGUUGUUUAAUAUAGUUUUGUGAAAUAGCUAAAAUAUUUUAUGUAAUUAGACUUUAUGUACAUUACAAGAGAAACUAGACAGUCUGAAUGUUGCUAUAAAUAUAUUUUGUUUGUUUUAUUUAGAUUAAAUGAAUGUGCCAUAUUAGGUGGGCUAACUAUUAGCUGGAGUUGCAGUACUGUUAUCGCUCACAGAGGGGCGCAGUAGAGCUGGACUUUACACCCCAUAUAAGAGGGUUUCUUUUUCUUCUGCUCCGUUUGGCAACAAGACAUUUACCUCUUAGAUUUCCACAGAUUUUAAAUGAGCUCUUUUAAACAAAACCUUAUAAUUAAACCCUUUACAUAGCAGUCUAAAAGCUGAGUCUCAGGUUUAUUAAUAUGCAAAUAAAAACACAGAGGUGUUUACAAGGUCGUAAAUGAUGUUAUUAUUGUAUACAAUUCUGCAGAGCAUGAAAAUGUCGUAUACUGUUAUUUCUGAGUAGCUCUCUUCAUUUAUCUGCUUUGUUUCUCUUUCAAACUGUUAUGACACUGAUCGUUAUUUUAUGUGGUAAUUACGCCACAACUGCCACACAUCUGUAUCCCAUGUAAUUCGUAUUGAACCCAGAACGUUUCUUUAAACAGAAAUCUUCACUGUUUUCCAAACACUUGACAGUAUUGCAUCAAAAUGUGUUUUAUCUGCUACUACACGCUAGAUAUCAAGCGAGAUCAGUGUAAAUAGUCAAUAAAUACACUUCAUAUGCAUCA